ACAGGGAAAUUAAAAGCCGAGUGGGACGGACGUACUGGCAGGCUUUUGUGAGGACUUGUCUUGCAGCAUCUGCUCCGAUGAUGAAUCAACUUGGUGUAACAUUCCUAGACGGUGAAACGUGAGAAAAACAAACAUCCUGCCUGCAAUUACUGCAUUGAUUGGGAAACACUGGGAAAAACGCCUGUUGCACACCUGAUUGGAAAGCGAGCACCUGGAAGAAAGCAAAUCGGCUACAGCGAGCGGCGGAGAAAGCAGGAACUACACGAGUGGAAAAGGGCUGCAGUUCAGUAAGCUCGCUUCUGACUGCAGGAACAAGAGGAAAGAGAAGACAUGAGUGAAACUUCAGCCAGGAAGACGAGAACCGAGACCAAAUUUGCAGAGUAUGUGGGCUCCUGUGUGGUGGAGAAAUGCUGUCUGGAUGAGAAGACCUGGCUGGUAUAUGAGCUACUGCGAUCCCUCAAGGACUGCAGCACACGGAGCGCCGUCACCCUGAAAUUCUCUACCAAGGGAGUGAAGGUGUACGAUGCAGAUGGAGCGACUCUGCUGAUGGCUCACUCCAUGAGGAGGAUUCUGUUCUCUACCUGCCGCCCCUUGGACUGCCAGUUCGCCUUCGUCGCUCACAACCCGGGUUGCUCCCCAGAUGAACUGUACUGCCAUCUCUUUGUGGGCAGCCAGCCCUGUGAGGCCAGGGUGUUGAACCUGCUCCUCUGCAGAGCCUUCCAGCUGGCCUACCUAGAGAAGCAUCCAGAGCAGGCAGAGAGUGAGGAGACAGUGUCCUGUCUGGAGGGCCUUCCUGAGGGCAUCCCUCCCCCGCCCUCCCUCAUCGCUGACGGGGUCUCCCUGAGCGUCAGCGCCCUGGUGUCGUUCCGCCGGGCCCCCUUUCAGGGAGAGUUCAUACCUGAUAAAAUGGCACAUAGGAAGCCGAGCGUUCCUGCUGAGAGUCCUGUCUGCUCCCCGACGCUGGUCCGCAAGAAAGCGAUCCGGAACAAAGUGCUACGCUCAGGGGCGUACCGCUCCUUCAACUGCGACUCGCAGACACACCGCUCCGUCCAGGAAAAGUUGAACCGGGGGUGGAGGAGUCUGGAUUUUCAGGUGGGAAAAUCCUUCUCCCUGUCAGAAACCCAGGACAUCCUCACAGAAGCUGUGUGGUCCUUUGCAGGGAUUCACAGGGACAGCAGCUCUGCACUGCUCCGCAAAGAUGUCCUGGGAGCAUUCCUGCUGUGGCAGAACCCCAACUCUUCCAAGUCCUGGUGCCUCUCUGUCCGCACCCCCUUCGGCCUGCAGGGAUACCAGAUCAACAGGAACUCGAAUGGGAACUACAUCCUGAAGCACCUCCAGGAUGAAUUUAAUAGCAUAGAAGCCUUAAUCGACCACUUCACAGAGGUCAAAGGGGAGCUGCUGUGUUCCCUAAAUUCUGCCCGCCUAAACCAUUGCUACGAGGGGGAGGACUGCGUGCGAGGCCCAGGCUCCAGCCUACACCAGGCCGCAGGUAAACGUGCGGCGGAUUCCGAACGCGCAGAAGAGCCUCUGAGCCUGAGGCAGCAUUAAAUAUUGCCAACCUUGCAAAACAGACCUGACAUUUAACAAGGCAUGGAGGCUGGAGACCUGAGAAACCUGAGGGAACUAGAUAUCCUAGUGAUAUCCGUUUGCCUCUCAUUAUAAAACAUUUUAAAGGGUGCUAAUGGUGUGUCCUUCAUGGAUUGGCAUUGGUCAAGCACUGGAGAGAUUGUUCUUGUUUCUGUAGUCUAGGUUGGGGGUGGCUGCCCAUGUCUAAUCACCUGUGAUUUCUACCAGGGACUUCUUCCAGCUUGUUUCAAAGCUGGUUCACUAACCACAGAGCUGUUCAGACACAACUGCCUAGUACAGUCUGGGACUCUUGCUGGAAGGAGUGGGAAUCUGUGUGGAACACAACCCUAGUUGUGACUGGCAGCUGGUGAGAUUGAAUGUAAAGCACUAUUGGUUUGAAGCAUCCACACCAUUGUGGAGUCUAUUUUAAUGAUCUAAGCCAAGGGUCUCCAACCCUGGUCCUGGAGAGCCCCUGUCCUGCAGGUUUUAUUGGUGUCUUUAGAUCAGUGGCUGAAGAUCUGGAACACUUGUUGAUUAAUUAAGCCAAUAAUUGAUUCAAUUAAGUAACAGAUUGGUUGAAACGAAAAACAGCAGCCAGCGUAGUUCUCCAGGACCAGGGUUGGAGACCCCUGAUCUAAGCAAAAAUAAAUCCUGCUGGUGUUUACUCCCUGGCCUGAUUCAAUGGACCACUGUAAUGACAUUACUACAUGCAAUAAGUAAGAGAUCCCUGACAAAGCAGGUUUCAGUCUGGCAGUAUUGUUAGAUCUGCCACUGUUCAUAUAGUUAAACUAGACCUGUGUCUGUCUUGUGCGCAUGCAGGAACACUGUAGCACACGUGAUGAAUGGUGGAUAGCACUACUACUGAGCUUUUGUGGCACUUUUAUAAAAGGAACAUAAAUGUCUUAAAAUUCAAAUAUAUACGCUGAGAUCUACGCGACAACUAUUUGUUUUAUGGCUUUCAUAUUUUGUAAUUGUUAAUAAAGACGCUUUUGUUUUGUUUAACUUCCAGUUUUAUUUGGCUCUGUCCUCACCAGUUUAUUCAUCAUAGUCUGUCAGAAUACCACUGUCUGCACCUCCCUAGGAAUAGUCUACUGUUUCUCCCAUCUUAAUAAAAUGAGAGCGUUACUGUAUUAAUGC